AUGGAUCAUGACUCAGGCGAAGGGAAGCUGGAGAGUGCGCCAAAGUUCGACGGGAGCGACUAUUGGACUUGGAGCUUCCGAUUCGAGCAAUGGGCAGAGGCACACGAUCUCAGUCUCAUUCACGACUUCACCAGACGAGUUUGGUCUGCUUUGCCUGCCUCCAUCACACCAAUGGAGGCGUGGUCCGGCCAGAAGCCGCAUGUGGGCAUGGCUCGGAUUUGGGGUUGCAUGGGGAGUGUCAUGCUGCAUGGGCAUGAGAAGGGUGGCAAGCUUGAUGCACGGGCUGUCAUGUGUGUCUGUGUUGGGGUGGACAUGGAGAGCAAGGGUUGGCGCAUGCUGGACCCUUCUCUCAUGCGCAUUCGCAUUGCUCGGGAUGUUGAUUUUCUUGAGAAUGUGAUGUGGAAGGAUUGGGACAAGGCAAAGGGAAUUGGGGAGCUUCUGCAGGAUGCAGCUGCGAUUUCCCAACUCCUCCCUCUUCCACUCUCGCCACCCUCAGCACCGGCUGACGACGUUGAGAUGCCACCUUCAUCACUGCCACCGGCACCGCUGAGUGUGUCGGUGCAGCAGCAGCCCACCCCUCUGCAGUAG